AUGUGUGCAUAUGAAAUUUCUGAGGAAACCGGUAAUCUUCUUGGUUUCGAACUGCUUAAUAUUAGAGCAAUUAAAGGCCUUACAGGUAAUUUACCACCCAUCACUAAUGCUCCAAAGCUUGAGAUUCUUUUAUUGUGGGCAAAUAAACUAAGCGGAAACAUUGCCAACUCUAUCUCCAAUGCUUCCAUGCUUAAGGAACUAGACUUGGGAGAUAACUUAUUCUCUGGCCCAAUCCCUAAAACGCUUGGCAACUUAAGACACCUUGAACGGUUCCAAAUCGUAAACAAUAAUUUGAUCACAGGAUCUACUAUUGAUCAUGAGUGGAGCUUUCUUUCUUCUUUGACGAAUUGUAGGAAUUUGAGCACAAUAGAUGUUUCAGGAAAUCCAUUGAGUGGCGUUCUUCCUACUUAUAUCGGGAACCUUUCAAAAUCCCUUCAGUACUUUCGUGCCAAAAAGUGUGAGGUUAAAGGAAAUAUUCCUAUGGAAAUAGGUAACUUAACCAACAUGUUGGUUUUAGAACUUGGUUAUAAUAAAUUAAGUGGAUUCAUUCCAACAUCAAUAGGACUGCAAAAUCUCCAAAGUCUAGGUCUUUCCUCUAAUAAAUUAGGAGGGCCCAUCCCAGAAAGCCUUUGUGAUUUGGAGAGAUUAUACAAGUUGAAUUUAGGGUUGAAUAAGCUGCAUGGAUCCAUACCCUCUUGUUUGGGUAAUAUUACUUCUUUGAGAUAUCUUUACUUAGAUUCCAAUAAAUUGAGUUCUGCAGUACCCUUAACUUUGUGGAAUCUUAAAGAUAUCUUAGAAAUAGUUUUAUCAUCAAACCAUCUUCACAAUUCACAUGCUACUGAUGCUGGAAAUUUGAGGAGUCUACUGACACUAAAUUUAUCAAAGAAUCUUCUCACGGGCGAGAUCUUAUCCUCAUUUGGGGGUCUUCAAACUUUGGUUUUAUUGGCAACCUACAAUCUUUGA